CAAUGGCUCCAAAAAGGAUUUUGGUCACUGGUGGUGCCAGAUUCGUCGGAUCUCAGCUUGGUCAUAGCCUUCACAAAUAAGGCCACGAAGUAACUCUACUCGACAACCUCAUGAUCGAAGGAACCACAUUUAGUCGUCUCAUUGUAGAAGAUCUCGGGAUUCACUAUCAAAACUCACUGCACACAUGUCUGGCGUAGACACCCUUUAUCACUUUGCAGGCAUCACCGUCCUUCCCGUAAACCAAGUAGAUCCCCAAAUUGCAUACGGCGUCAACGUAGGCAUCGGCAACAUCCUCGAAGCAGACCGUCGUUCCGGUUUUGUAGAGCCAUUUUUGCAUCUGCCUCCGCCAUAUAUGAGAUGACUACCAGCCCGGAUGGAAUCUUCGAGGGAAAUGAUACCGUGACUCCUAAUCUCGUUUACUCGAUGACCAAAGAUUCCGUAAAGAAGGUGUGCAAGGCGUAUAGUACGAACUACGGAAUGGAUAUUACCAUCGUCCGAUUCUUCAAUAUCUUUCAAGCGUCUUUCUCCUCAUUUCACUUCAUAUCUGGCGACUAUGCUCGCCAAAGGCGAGACACCGAUUCUUUUCAACUCCUCGAGUACAACGCUGCGGGGUUAUGUGUUCAGUGCAGACUUGACUGCGCUCUUGAAAGUGAUACUUGUGAAGGAGAAGAAGUAUAACGUGGGUGUCUUCAAUGCUUGCUCGGGCGUGGGAUCCUCUGCACCGGAGAUAUUUAGUAUCAUGAAGUCACACUCGGGAAGACAAAUCGAUGCGAUAUACGACGACCCUGAGAAAUUCUGGGCGAAAUUACCUGCUGCCACGGAAGGGAAGCCCCUUUUGGGACCAGGUCGCGUAAGUAAGGAGGAGUAGAAGAUGAGUGUUGGGAAUCCGACAAAGACUGAGGAGGAAUUUGGGUGGAUGCCUGAGACGAAGUUGGAAGAUGGUUUGAGGGUUGUCUACGUACAAGGUUGAACACGCAUAAGUAGGCUGCUGGCAGGGGUUGGCAAAGGGGGUUUAGGAAAAGUGUAGUAUGUAUAUUGUACUGCCGAAUAAAACUCGAGGCAUUCCGCUCAGGACCAUGAGUGCUAU